AUGCCCACCAGAAUUCAAGACUCACACGUGGUCCAGCUGGUGCCCAGUUUGGUGCUUGGCCUGCUGCUUAACACUCUGCUGGCCUUGCCGCUGCGAGCCCUCCGCGGCUUGCGGUGCUAUUACGUUGCCGUCGGCGCACCCAGCGGCAGCAAGCGGGUCAAGGCCCGGCGGGGCAAGAAGGAUGACGACAUAGAUCUGGGCGGCGCCGAGGCGCUGGUGCUGGCCCCGCUCAGCGCCCAGCAGGCGGCGCAGCUCACAUACCGCGGAUCCUUUGAGAACCUGUUUAUUGUCGGCUUGUUUGCACUUUCCAGCACCGCCGCCGCUGAGGUGGCGGAGCAGCUGCUGGGCUGGCCCGGCAGUGCCUGGCCCUCCAUGCUGGCAUUUGGCUUGACCGUUGUGGCCUUGACCAUGCUGGCGCAGGUGGACCUCCUCUCCAGCACCACCUCGCCCUCCAACAAGGCGCUGGCGGUGUUUUGGGGGCUAGGCGGCUUUGCCGCCGCCCUGGCGCUGCAUGUGUUGCAACCAGCGGGCAGCAAUGUGCUAGCAUGGGACACGCAGCGCGCGGCCGCCGCUGUGGGCCCCACCGUUCAGGAGGCAAUCAAGGCGCUAGGCAGCAGGGAGCUUAAGGAAGGCACAGCGCCCAUCCCACUGAUAGCCAUAACAGCAUCCACACUGCAAGUUGGGCUGGCUUUGGCCGCCGCCGUGGUCAGCGUGCUGCUGUAUGCACCGGCAUUGCGCUUCGUGCACUCCUUCUGGCUGCAACUGAAUCCACCUGAGUGGGCCAGCGACUACAUUGCUCCUGGGGCCCUGAUGACUGCGAGCUUGCACUUCCAGCUGCUGCUGCCACUACUGAGCUCGCUGCUGUGGGUGCGGCCCAUGUGCCAGGAGCUCCUUGAUCUGUCGGACCAACAGCUUGCUUUUAUGCAGGCGGGCGCGCUGCUAUGCUGGCACCAGCUGAAGCAUGGCAGCCUGGCCGCACGAGCCAAGAGGGACGACAAGAAGUCGCUGGGGGACCUCAUCCGUGCCAGCUGCCAAGCCAUCCACUUUCUUUUGGGCAAGGCGGGGGUGCAGCUGCUGGCCCCCGCCGCCCUGUACUUGGGUUUGGGCCUGCUGCUGCUCAACUCAGCUCUGCACCCUGGAUCGCCAGGAAGCAUGGCGGCAGAGACACAAGUGCUGGUGCAGACCUGCGUUGGCUUUGUGGCUGCCUGGAGCGGUGGCUGCUGGUUUGUGUAUAGCGCUGUCCUGUUGUUUUUUUUCCGCACGGGAGUGCUGUCACCUUUUUAA